AUGAUCACCGUUCCCCAAGGUGAAAGAUUAGAAUGUUUCAGAAUGGAUGGAUAAUUCGUAGGGACUCUAACAUUAAAUAACACUAAACCAAACAAGUACUUAAUUAAUUAAAUCUAAGCUGUUGCGCCUUUAAAAUAAGAACAAAUAACACAUAAGAUAUUCAAGUAAUGCCACAUAUAGGAUCUUUUAUAGGGUAACAUUUUAAAAUUGUCGUUAAAUGUUUAAAGUUCUAAUGUAUAUAUAGAUCAUUUAAUGUUAGCUAAUGCAAAAUUACAGGUAUUGAUUGUGGAUUUAACUGAUUAAAAUUUCAAUAAAUCUGACCCUAAGUCUCUAGCGUCUUACUUUGAUACUUAUUCUAACAGCUCAUUUGUUCAAAAAAUAAAAAUUGAAAUAAUUACUAUCGAUCAAAAUUAAAUGACCAAAUAAUCUAAUAUCUUUAAUUAAUCGAUCUUAUUAAGUAAGAAUAUAGAAGAAAGUAUCUACCAUUAACAAGAAUUCACUUAUGAGCAAAAUGCUCUACUAAAAAAAAAUGAAUAAAUGAAGCAAUAGCAAAUUAAAAAUUCGACAACAAAUUCUGACCCAUUUUAAAGUGUUAGUAGAGUGUCUGCUUCUGAAUAGAAAUAUCUUACAUCUACUACAUUUCAAUAAAUUAAAUAAACUCCAUCUAAGUAAUCAUCAAACUCAUAAAAUAACCUGCCCCUUGAUUAUCUUCCACCAAAACCCUAAUCUUAUCCACAUCAACCUCAACAACCGAAAUUGCAUAAUUAAUAAGUAUAAGAAUUUGAGGAAGACCCGUAAAUCUAAAGGUUAAAUCUCAGAAUAAAUUAAUUAUAAAUAGAAUUAAAUAAACAAUAGGAAGAACUACAAAACACUGAAAAAGAAAAAACAUUACUGUUAUCCUAAGAAAUGGAUUAAAAUUAAGGAUAAAUAUUUGUGAGUGUCCAGCAUAUAUUUUUUUCAGCAUUAUUUUGUUUUUUAAUAGGUUAUGUAGCCACAAAUUGA